CGUCACAGUGCUAGGGAUAGGUGCGCUGGGUUGUUGACAAGAAGGACAAUCAUCCAUCAUCUACAUCAUCUACAUCAUCAUCUACCUCUCUCCAUCGAAUACUUGACAAAUAGACAUCUAUAGGAGUAUCAUCGAGGGUAGGAUUAAGGUCAAAUUCAGCAUCGAUAGAUCGAUCAAAGGACCUAUCAAGAUCUCAAAAGAUACCUAUCGACAAUUCACAAAGCCGACAUCCUGCACAGCUCUCUCAGAUCAAGUCGGAACAAUCCUACAAGAUGGCCGUCGCCUCAUCUUCCAACCCGAUCACCUCGGUCGCACCCUCUUCAUCCCCCAUCACCUCCGUCCCAGAUUCCUACCCUCCCUCCUACCAACCAUCUCAACAACAACUCCUUGCACGCCUCACCCUGGAGAUGCGAGGAGAACGAUUCGUCGUAGAAAGAGAGACCUUGUUGAACCUCCCGGAGAGCGUGCUUUUGGGCAUGUUCCCGAAUGGGUUGAUUUUGAGUCGGCAGCAGUUGGGAUGGCCGGAUGAGGAGGAUGAUGGGGAGAAUCAGGUUUAUCCGAUCGAUUUCGAUCCAGCCUCGUUCCGGUACAUCCUUUCCUUCUGGUCCCAAGCCCAUACCGACUUUUACGGGACCUCCACCUCUCCCGGUUACUUCCACAAACAACAACACCUCAACAACAACAAUUCUUCUUCGUCAAACUCUUCGGCAUACACGGGCAAUCUGAACAACUCCGACUACCCAGCUGGACCGGGGGAGAACCCGUUGAUCAGUAGACAGCCUAUUAUCGUCUUAAGGGAAGAAUUGGAAUACUUCUCCAUCGUCCCUUCUACGGACCCUGCCGUCAACCCGAGUUCACCUAGCAACACCCUUCCUGCCUCACUCACCAACUUAGCCAAAGUGGGGGAAGACGGACAACCGACCCCAGAGCUCUUGAGGUUGAAGAGGGAAGCUGGGAAGGCGCUCGUCAAGAGGACAAAGGUGUUCACAGCCUUGCAGAGGAAUGUGAGCAAGGAGGGGAAUUUGGCGGAACAGCAUUUGAUCGAUAUGUUGUGCAUGUCUGGAUUUGCCAGGGACGACGAUUGGGGCUACAGGUCCCUCGAACCCACUCGGACCGUCAUCUCCUCCAUCGCCCUCGUCCUCCUCAAGACCGGUAUCCACCACCCAGAAUCUUCUUCGUCUUCGACGAACGCUAAAUUAAAGGACGAGGAUGAUGGGAGCGACUCUGGGUCUGAUUCGGCGAGCGAGAUGGAUACGGAAAAAGACCGCGUAGGGGACGCACAGGAGGAUCUGGGUGCGAGAGGGGUGACGAUCGAUCAGGGGCAGAUGAGUACCGCUCAGAAGUUGUUGCUGUUCUGGAGGAAACCGGCGCGCAAAUGUUGGUGGGACGGCGUACAGGUCGAUGUGCCCCUCCAUGAAGGAUCGGAUGAGAUGGUCAGCAUGAAGGUCUGGGCGAGGAGGGUCUGGACGCUGGAGUUGAGCUUGCUGUAAAUCACCCUACCUUGGCGCGUCAUCGAACCUCUAGAAAUCGACAUCUUCUCUCUUCUGUCUUACGUUCCCAUCAUCUGUCAACCAUCGGCCAGGAUCCUUAUACCACCUUUUCUUUCCACACGUUACGUUUUACUUUUCGACUCGUAUCCUAGGCCUUUUGCAUUGGUUCUCUGUUGUCUCCGUUUGUUCGCACAUACACGGUUACCCAAUACGUUGGGUGUUGUAAUUCUUGCGAUGACGCUUUUAGUAGAUCAUGAUAUACGUCUUCGCCAAA